CGAGAAUCGCGAUUAUUAGGGCUGCUAUUCCCGAUUAGGCAAUAACCGACGUUCGCUGGGCGGGCUGUGGAUGUCUUACAGAGAGGCGUGCUACUGGUCAUACUCGAGGAUUAAGUGAACACAUCGCCAUCAACCCUUAUAUGCCCCUCAAGGACAUAUAUAUGAAGUGCGAUCUCGAGAGAAAGGCUUCUUCGAUCUACUGCUCUAUGCGUUGAGGUUGCUCGCCUCAAAACGUGCCUGAUGCACCUGCAAAGAACAAAGCCAGUGACCGAUUAGGUUUGACAAGCACUCUCAACUUCCCCGAAGUCGACAGUCAAGAUGCCGCCGAUCGGAGAUCUCCUCGCGCAGAUAAGUGGCGACCAGCCAAAGCCAUCGACCACCUCUGCGUUUGUCGCGCCGCUAAAGCGCAAAGCCGACGGCGACCUGCCACGCCACAGCGAUAAAUCCUCCCGAAAUGAGUAUCCCGCGACCGCCUCACCAAGAGUCGCUACACCAGCGCAAAGGGCUUCAGGAACACCAUCGUCGAUGUCCAGGCCUGUUCGCCCCCUCCCAGGUCGCUCGUCGGCCUCCACAACUCCAGUCACGAAGUCGACCAGUGCCCCACCCGGCUCCGCGCCCUCUCAAAUCAGCACAGCCAAAGUUCCAAAGAAGGGCUCCUUCGCCGAGAUCAUGGCUCGCGCAAAGGCAGCGCAAACGAGCAUGACUCAGGUUGGAAAGAUCCAGCACAAACGCAUCGAGAAGGGUCCAACCAAACGGGAGCGCGAGGAGAUGAAGUCGACCAGCAAGGGCGCAACCGGCAAAGCAAAAAGGAAAGGCCCAACACCACCACUUCGCGACGGCCGCAAUGGUGCAAGAGAGAAUGGGAGAGGCUCCAGAACAACUUCGGCCGAGGCAGAGAAGAGACCAAAGAAGGCGGCUGCUGCUACCACAGGUUACACGGGUACAGCUCGGCCAAACCCAGCCGCAGCCAAGAAGCCACAGCCAUCUUAUGGAAGUUCUGGCCGAGAUCGGGAUCGCCCAAGCCCAGGCCCUUCGCGAGCUCGGUAUACAUACGCCGCCAGCGAGGACGAGGAGGAUUACGAAUCUGACGUUUCGUCUGACAUGGAAGCAGCCGCCUACGAAGUCGACGAAGAGGAGGAGAGGGCUGCCAGAUAUGCUCGCAAGGAGGACGCCUUGGCCCUGGCUGAGGAGAACAGACUGAGGAUGGAGAAGGAGGAGAAGCGGAAAAAAUUGGCUGCCAUGGCCAGAAAUAGACGCUGAUUGCAUUACCUCACUCAUAGCGAGCAUAGUUGGAGUUUGCAGUUAUUAUUCCUUUGGGGUACAUUGUUGGGUCUCGAUUAGCGGUUGGCGCGUGGAUGGGCGAGACGUUUGGUUUUGGAGUAUUGUAGACAUUGUCAUCACUGGCGCGUUAUUCGAAGAAUGGCAACUUUCUAUUGCAUAGUGUGUUAUGAAUUUAAGAACUUAUUAAUUAUUUGCUAUGCUUUUCUGCAAUUCGAACUGGAUGAAUGAAGUUUCAUGCAUGCUGUCACCCAGAGGCUCUGAACAUGCUACAAAUACCAUCACCGCUUUGGGUGUUGUAGCAACCGUGGAUAAAACAAAGGAUUAUAGUCUCUUGAGACUACAGUAGUUACGUUACGUCAAUGGAG